AUGGGUUAUUUUGAUUUAAUUAAUCAACCACUAAAUGAAUUUGGAGAGGAAUUAACAAGACUUAAGACAGAUAUUGUGACCAACUUAAAGCCUGAGUCAAGAUUUAAUCUUUUGGUUGGACUCUCAGUUGUUAAUUUGGCUAUUGGAGUAGCCGUCAAAGGAAUUAAAUCAAGACCCCUUCAAACCGGCUUCAUUAGUUUCUUUGGAUUUGGUUUAAUUAUGUAUCCAGAGUUAUACUUCGGUUUGCUCAGACAAAAAAAGGUGUAGCAAUAAAUAACACAUCAUUUUAUUAAGAGAGAUUGA